CACAUCUAAAGAAAUAAACAUUAAAUAACUUUUUAUUUAUUUUUUACAGGUGGAAGUUGUAAUCCUGGACAAAAAUGACAGUCCUCCGGAGUUCAAGAACAUGCCCGCUGCGUAUCUGGCGUCAGAAGAUAUGGCUCCGGGUCAGCGGAUAGCGACUAUCGCAGCCGAAGACCCGGACACCAUCGGCAGCAUCACAGAAACGACUUCUGAGUACCAGGUGAUCGUGAGAGCAGACGACGGGGUCCAGUUCACGGACGUAACUGUUGUUGUUCAGGUCACAGACACGAACGACAACCCGCCAGUUUUCAAAGAAAGUGCCUACUCUUUCGAUAUUCCCGAAAAUGCUGCGAGAGGUUCUGUAGUGGGCACCGUUGCGGCCAUUGACCUCGAUUCAGGACCCAAUGCCCAGCUCACUUACACCGUCAUAUCAGACUGGGCAAAUGACGUGUUCUCGCUCAACCCUCAGACAGGGGUGUUUACUUUGACCGCUAGACUGGAUUACGAAGAGACUCAACACUACAUUUUAGUGGCACAAGCUCAGGACAAUGGUCACCCAUCACUAUCAGGUACUGUGACCGUCUACGUCAACGUCAUCGAUUUGAACGAUAAUGCUCCGAUAUUUGAUCCCAUGAGCUUUUCGAAUGAAAUCCUAGAGGACGUCCCUAUUGGUUCUUCAGUGGUCACCAUCAGCGCUACUGACUUAGACUCAGGUCUGAAUGGCAAAGUGACAUACAGCAUCAGCUCUGGUGAUGAAGGUCAGGACUUCAGUAUUGCUGAGAACGGUACAAUAUACACAGCAAAACUGUUGGACAGAGAAACACUACCAAUCUACAACCUCGUUGUCACUGCUAAAGAUAUGGCUAUACCUCCUGAACCUCAACUAUCUUCUACAGUACAGGUUUCGGCUACUGAUAUUGAUGAAGGUGCAAACGGAAGAGUCAGAUAUUCAAUUGCUUCAGGCGAUGAAAAUAGAGAUUUCAGUAUCAGUGAAGAUACCGGUAUCGUUAGAGUUGCUAAAAAUCUCAACUUUGAAAGAAAGUCCCGUUACUUGCUUACAAUAAGAGCCGAGGAUUGUGCUAAAGACGAUGUCAGAUUCGAUACGGCUGAAUUAUCUAUUUCAAUUCAAGACAUAAACGAUAACCCACCCACGUUCCUUGAUUCACCGUACUUAGCGUACGUAAUGGAAAAUGUAAUUCCACCCAAUGGCGGGUACAUAAUAACAAUUCAUGCUUAUGACGCUGAUUCACCUCCAUUUAAUAAUCAAGUCCGCUAUUUCAUAAAGGAAGGCGAUGCGGAUCUUUUCAAAAUAAACGCUUCGUCUGGGCAAAUUUCCUUGUUAAGAACAUUAGAUCGUGAAGCACAAGAUGAAUACACCCUUGCACUCGUAGCAAUGGAUACUGGAUCACCACCUCUUACUGGUUCCGGAACAGUGAAAAUUGUGGUACAAGACGUAAAUGACAACAGUCCUGAUUUUGAAAGACAAAGCUAUAGAACCAAUGUCAGAGAAAAUUUACCUCCUGGAACUGUAAUUCUUACUCCAAAAGCUACAGACAAGGAUAUAGGCAAUAAUGCUAAAAUAAGAUACAGUCUUCUUGGAGACAAAUCAGAAAGAUUUCAAAUAGAUUCUGCCACGGGUGUUAUUUCAACAAAUGACACGUUAGACAGAGAAGAUUGGGAUGUUUACUAUCUGAUCAUAAUGGCGCAAGAUUCGUCGACCACUGACCCAAGAACGGCUACUGCUAACCUUACUAUAAUAGUUGAAGAUGAAAAUGAUAAUACGCCGACGUUUGCUCAUCCGGUUUACGAAGCACACAUAUCUGAUCGAACUGUUAAAGGAGAUUUUGUAUUCGGUGUAAAAGCUAGUGACAACGAUAUUGGUCUAAACAAAAAGAUUGUGUACGAUCUAAAAGGUGAACAUCAAAAUUUAUUUUCAAUCAAUAGAGAAACGGGAGUGAUAAAAGCCAAUGAAAAUUUGAUGAAAUAUAAAGAUAAUAUAGGAUCCACUUUUAAUCUAUUAAUAAUAGCGACCGAUAGCGGUGUGGUUCCAAAACAGAGCACUGCCGAGUUAAUACUUAUACCAAAGUCUGUGAAAAAUUUCCCAAAGUUCACAGUGACUAAUAAAUUGACAUUCACUUUCUCUGAAGAUACUCCAGAAGGCGUUUUAGUAACAAGAUUGUCAGCAACAUCACCCAAAAAAGGCCCAACUGGAUUACUACAAUACGGUAUUGCAGGUGGUAAUGUUGGCGAUGCUUUGAGAGUAGAACCAAUGAGUGGUGAAGUAUUUAUUACUGGAAAGGGACUUGACUACGAAACGAUGCCUCUAUAUGAAGUUUGGUUUGAAGUAAGAGAUUCUGAUAACCCACCCCUAAAAUCAUUCAUUGAAAUCGAAAUUAAAGUGACAGAUGCUAAUGACAAUCCACCAGUUAUUGAAAACGCUUUAUACAACGCAACAGUAUUAGAAGAAGAAUACCCUCCGCAGUUGGUAAUAAAAAUAGAUGCACACGAUGACGAUUCCAAUGAAAAUGGUAGAAUAUCUUUCAAAUUAGUUAACGAUUACGAUGAAACAUUUAGGAUCGACCCUGAAAUUGGAGAAAUAUACACAAAUAUUGCACUAGACAGGGAGUCAAUCCCAUUUUACGAAUUAAUUGUUGAAGCCGUAGACCAUGGAGUUCCGCAACUAAUUGGAACUUCCACAGUUAUAGUGACCGUCUUAGAUAAAAAUGAUAAUCCACCAAGGUUUACUCGACUUUUUAGUGUUAAUGUUACAGAGAAUGCUGAAAUUGGGUCGUUUGUAAUUAGAGUUACAAGUUCUGAUCUAGACACUGGCCCAAAUGCAAACGCAACAUACAACUUUGUUGAAAAUCCUGGACAGAAAUUUGUUAUAGAUCCAAUAAGUGGAAAUGUUACAGUUGCAAGACCACUUGACAGAGAAUUACAAGAUGAAUACAUUUUGAAAGUAGCAGCAACUGAUGGGGCUUGGCGUUCAGAAACACCAUUGACUAUCACAAUACAAGAUCAAAAUGAUAACGCACCUGAGUUCGAGUAUUCAUUCUACAGUUUCAAUUUCCCAGAACUACAGCAAAAGAAUAGUUUUGUUGGUCAGGUUAUUGCUACUGAUAGAGAUAAACAAGGGCCUAACUCAAUAAUAUCGUACUCACUUCAACAGCCAUCUGAUUUAUUCUCAAUAGAUCCAGCUACAGGAGAGAUACUUAGUAAAUUUAAAAUGAACUAUAAAAGAACAUCAGUCAAUUCUUCUCCAGAAAAUACAUAUUCCGUUAUCGUUGUCGCAACUGACAAUGGAAAACCGCCUAUGUCGUCAGAGUGUUUGGUUACAAUAAAUGUAGUGGACGCUAAUAAUAACGCUCCUAAAUUCAAAGACCACGAAAAGUUUGUACCAGUGCCAAAAGAUGCUACAUCUGGAGAAAAGGUUAUCAAAUUAACAGCCGAAGAUAAUAUGGAUUUCGGAAUAAAUGCUGAAGUUGAAUACUUUAUAUCAGGUGGUAAUGGUACUGCAUAUCUUAAAAUAGAUAAGAAAAGUGGUUGGAUUAUUGUAAGCAAACAAUUUUACUAUCUCGGUCAAUAUUAUGAACUAAAAGUAAAAGCCGUAGACCGUGGUGUUCCUCCACAAUCUGAUGAAACAACAGUAAUAUUUGUUGUAACUGGUGAAAACAUUUACAGUCCUAAAUUUACAGCUCUGAGCUACCAAGUGAUAGUGCCCGAAAACGAACCAGUGGGUGCUUCUAUUUUGACGGUUAAAGCAAGCGAUGAAGACGAAGGACCUAAUGGAAUAGUUAGAUAUUCAAUAUCUUCUGGAAAUGCAGGAGAAGAAUUCCAAAUCCAUCCCAUAUCUGGAGCUAUAAGCAUAUUACGUCCUCUCGACUUUGAUACGAUCCAAGAAUAUAGACUAAACAUUACUGCAAAAGAUCUUGGUUUCAAAUCCAAAGAAGCUGUAGCAACGCUAACAAUUAUUUUGACUGACAUCAAUGAUAAUGCUCCACAAUUUAAUCAGACAAAAUACGUUGCAUAUUUACCUGAAAAUUCACCUGUGAACAGUUUUAUAUACAAAGUUACAGCAAUUGAUAUCGAUUCACCGAAGAACGCUAUUAUAAAAUAUUUCAUAAAUAAUGAUAUGGCUUCGCUUUUCCAUAUAGACGUUAACACUGGAGAAAUAUUUUCCAAAGAAGUAUUCGAUUUUGAGGAAAAGCAAAUUUACACAUUGGAAAUAAGGGCUGAGAACCCUGAUUCCAUAAUGCGUAACACGACUCAAGUAAUUGUUUACAUAACCGGUGUGAACGAAUAUUAUCCUAAAUUCAAACAGCCCGUGUUUCAUUUCGAUGUAUCUGAGUCUGCUGAAGUUGGAGCGAAUGUUGGUGUUAUUCAAGCCACGGACCAAGACAGUGGAGAUGAUGGCAUUAUCUUCUAUUUAUUUGUAGGCUCCAGUAACGACAAGGGCUUUAGUAUCAAUUCACAAACUGGUGUUAUUCGUGUGGCUCGUUAUUUGGACAGAGAAACGCAAAAUCGAGUAGUACUAACUGUGCUUGCAAAAAAUUCUGGCGGCAUCCGUGGAAAUGAUACUGAUGAAGCACAAGUCAUUAUAUCUAUUCAAGAUGGAAAUGAUCCACCUGAAUUUUUGCGUCAUUACUACGAGGCAACUGUAUCUGAGGGUGCUAGUAUAGGUCAAGAAGUGAUUCAAGUAAAAGCAGUUGACAAAGACGUGCGCCCCCAAAAUAAUCAAUUUAGUUUCUCCAUUAUUGGUGGCAACACCAAUCAGGACUUCAAAAUUGAUCCACAAACCGGAGAAAUUGAAGUGGUUCGUCAGUUAGAUAGAGAAACUUUGCCAAUUUAUACAUUGACAGUAGGAGCCAUUGAUACAGGAGUUCCACCACAGACUGGUACUGCUACUGUAAAAAUAACUUUGUCUGACAUAAACGAUAAUGGACCUAUAUUUGAUGUUUCUAGCUUUGAAGGUUCUGUUUAUGAAAAUGAACCUCCCAACACGAGUAUUGCUACACUUUCUGCAAAAGAUCCUGAUUUGCCACCGAAUGGAGCUCCAUUCUCAUAUGCUAUAAUUGGUGGUAAACAUCAAAGCUAUGUUAAGGUUCACAAGCAUACAGGUGUGCUUUUGACGACAAAGAAAAUUGAUAGAGAAGAAACACCAACCUUAGAAGUAGUUAUACAGAUAGAAGAUAGUGGUAAUCCAGUAAUGAAAUCAAACUACACAAUAUUCAUAAAAGUGUUGGACAGAAAUGACAAUCCACCGACACCAAGAUCAGCCCACGUAAUCGUUUAUGCAUUUAACAAUAAAGUUCCCCGUAGUAAAAUAGCUGAUGUAAAACCUAAUGAUCCAGACAUUGUAGGAGAUUACCGUUGUAAAAUUAUAAAAGAAUCAACAUCAGAAAAUACCCUGUCACUUCUCAGUAUUAGAUCAGGAUGCAACUUAUACACAAAUGCUGUUAAACCUGGACAGGGAUAUUCAUUCUCCGUCUCAGGAAAUGAUGGUGUUCAUAGAGACGUUGUUUCUUCCAUAAGUGUAGAAUACUUUUCGUUUGAUAAUAAUACUGUUGAACAAUCUAUUACUUUAAGAAUACUUAACAUGACUGCAGCAGACUUUUUAACGCAUUACUACAGAAGUUUAUUAGAAACCCUACAAGAAAGCUUGAAAAGCAAAGAAAGUAUUUAUUUGUACAGCAUCAAUGAAGUCGAUGGUCAUUUAGAUUUAACUAUAGCGACAAAAAAUGCCAUUCGCGUCUUGGAUGAUACAAAAAUAAUAGAGAGCCCUUCACUUAUCUUAUCUUCACCAUUAGUCAGACAUGAAUAUACUUGCCACUGCACAGAUGGCUUUAUUGGUGGUAAUUGUGAAAAACGACAAGACCCUUGUUCACCAAACCCAUGUCGCUUUGGAGGAGUAUGUCGAAAACAGGGUCAUGACUUCACUUGCACUUGCCCAGCCCGAAGAGAUGGUAAAACUUGUGAGAUGGAAAGAGAUGAUGUAUGUAGUAGUAACCCAUGCAAAAAUGGAGGAUCUUGCAAGGAAAGUGCAGAUAGAAACUCAUUCUUUUGCUUAUGCCGACCUGGAUAUCGAGGAAAUCACUGUGAAGCAUUAGUUGACUCUUGUCGUCCCAACCCGUGCAUGCAUGGAGGAAUAUGCAUAAGUUUGAAGCCUGGCUACAAAUGCAGUUGUCCAAAUGGUCGCUAUGGAACACACUGUGAAAGUACAACGUUUGGUUUUGGUGAACUAUCGUAUAUGCAAUUCCCAUCUCUAGAUGCAUCAACCAAUGAUAUAACAAUAAUUUUCGCCACUACAAAACCAGAUGCUCUGUUAUUAUAUAAUUAUGGUGGGCAGACAGGCGGCAGAUCUGAUUUCAUAGCCAUUGAGUUAUUAGGAGGCAAACCAGUAUUUUCAUUUGGUGGGGCGAGGACAUCAAUCACAUCAGUCGCCAUCAUGAAUUCAAAGAGGAAUCUAGCCGACGGUAACUGGUACAAACUGACAGCGACAAGAAAUGGACGAGUGAUUUCUUUGAGUAUUGCUACAUGUACCGAUCAUGGAGAUGUGUGCACAGAAUGUGACCCUAGUGACGACUCAUGUUACGAUGACGAUACUGGACAAGCAGGAACGCUGAAUUUCAACAACGAACCUUUACUCAUCGGUGGUCUUCACAAAGCUGAUCCCGUGUUAGAGCGUCCUGGACAAAUUCAUUCCGACGAUUUUGUUGGAUGUAUGCACAGCAUUACAAUAAAUGGUCGCUUACUCAACCUGACUAACCCACUGAAGUCACGAGGUGUAGAACCAAAGUGCGAACGCUCUGAAAAAGGCGCCUGUUUCAAGAAGGAUGUUUGUGGUUCAGGGCAGUGCUUGGAUAGAUGGAAAGCCAAUUUAUGUCAGUGUAAAGGUAACUUAAUUUCUCCAGACUGCAGUGUUUCACUACAAUCAAUUUCAGUUGCUGAAAAUGGUUUUGUAACAUACACAAUAUCGGAAAAACAUAGAAGAAUGCAAUUGUUAGAAACAUUCUAUGGAGGUAAUACUGGGUGGAUAAAAAAGAACAGCAAAUCUAUUGGUAAAGUAAUACCUAAAGUAAACAGUCCAGCGAAGAGUUUAUCGUUCUUCUUCAGAACACACAGAAAAGAUGGUGUCCUAUUUUAUUCGGCAACUGAGAAAUAUUAUACUGUAAUUGAGUUACUAGAAGGAAAAGUUAGUUACACAUCCAAACAGAACACCGUUGUAAAUAUGAGCCAAUCAGAGCAAAGCGACGUGUCCGAUGGCACCUGGCACAACAUCACGCUAGUGUCGGUCGGCAGGAGUAUACGUCUGCUUGUUGAUAGUAAAAACGUUGGCGAAGAACUUGAUGCGGCCGGUGUACAUGACUUUUUAGAUCCUUACUUGACUGUUAUAUCAAUUGGAGGAGUUAAACCAGAAUGGAUUACUACAGCCAGUCAAAAUAAGUUUGAAGGGUGUUUGGCUAACUUUUCAAUAAACAGUGAGCUUCAACCGUUUAGUGGGAACGGAAGUAUAUUCAAAGAGACCACUCAUAGAGUAUCAAUAAUCUUUUACCGACUUCGGAAGCAAAAGAAAGAAAAAGGAAAUGGGUCUGCUAACAAGAGCAAUAUUGUACACUCAAAACAAAAUGGUGGUCCUGCCAUGUUAAAUGCGCCAAACCUAAUAGCUGGAACAAAUGACAGUCUAAUGAAUAGAAAUCUACACAAUAAUGACACUAGCUUAAAUAGUUACAUGUCAGAGAAUGCCGAUAUAACACGUAAUGUCGGCCAUAUUGUUGGUCCUGAGUUAUUAUCGAAGAAAUACAAAGACAGAGAAAUAAUGAAUAUUGAUCCACCAAGACCUCAACGCCCCGAUAUAAUUGAGCGUGAAGUAGUUGGAAAAAGUCCAGCGCUUAGAGAGGAUCAUCACCCACCUCCACCACCAUCAACAAAUACGUCACACCACACACACGAUCAUCCUAGUGGUAUGGACCUCAAUUCAGAAGUACCAGAACAUUACGACCUAGAAAAUGCUAGUUCAAUAGCACCAUCUGACAUAGAUAUUGUUUAUCAUUAUAAAGGUUUUAGAGAAGCAGCAGGUGUUCGCAAAUACAAAGCUACCCCACCACCAAUCGCUGGCUAUCAUCAUAAGCAUCAAACUCCACAACAUCGCCACUCGCCUCAUCAUCAAGUGGAUAUCCAUCUCGUGUACCGCAAGCAGCACAACCUCCUCCUCAGCCAAGACAACAUCAAACAACGCCACUUGCACGAUUAUCUCCCAGCAAGUGCUUUGUUAGCCACAACUUCAAGUUCUGGAGGUGUUGGUAAAGAUGCUCUACACAGUAACAGUGAGAGAAGUUUGAACAGUCCUGUUAUGUCACAGCUAAGCGGGCAAAGCUCUUCAGCGGGAAGGAAAACACCUAGUGCACCUCCACAAGUUCCACAAGUGGUGUCUGUUGGCUCUGGCGCAGUGGGACUUACAGCAGAAGAAAUAGAAAGAAUGAAUGCAAGACAGCGCACUUCUAGCUUAGUUUCAACUUUAGAUGCCGUGUCAAGUUCAAGCGAAGCGCCUCGAGGAGGAGGUGUCGGUCACCAUAUGUCGCAUAGGCAUCAUUCACCUCCAGAUGACAAUAGAAGUUCUACUGGCUCAGAUGACGAAAGUGGGAACGACAGCUUUACAUGUUCAGAGAUAGAAUAUGACAAUAAUAGUAUAAAUGCUGAUAAAUUAGAAGAUGUCAGAAGACAGAAUGUUAGUAGCGGUAGCAAUCCUAAGAAACCUAUAUUACCACCACCGUACGAAAGCUUUGAUUCCUCAUUUCGUGGCUCGCUGAGCACUCUAGUCGCAUCUGAUGAUGAUUUAGCUCCACAUGUUAGUUCCGCACUUUACCGACAGGCGAAUGGUUCCCCGGCGUCGGCAGCACUUGGUUGGGGACCUGCUGCUCUGGACCUGUUUAACUGGGGGCCAAAUUUUGAAAGCAUGAUUGAUGUCUUUAAAGAUAUAGCUGAAUUACCAGACUCUGUGAAUGGGAGAAUGUCUUCCUCUCUAAGACUGCAGAACGGCACCCCAAGCCGUCAGAAGAAUACGUUUAAUUUCGCCACUACUAAUGUUAUCGUCACUAUGUUUUACAUAGUUUUGUUAAUUAACUUCAUUUACAUACAUGUUUAUCCAGUAAUAGUAGCUGGUUAUGAUUGUAUAGCACCUCCAUUGGAAUGUCCUAAUGAUAAUAUUACAUUUUGGCUCUACACUAAGAAAAAUGAAGAUAAACCGCAUCAAUUGCUGACUAUGGAUGCCAAGUCAAUAGAUGAAGCUCCCUGGGUGAAAGACGCACCGAUCAAAAUAUUAAUACACGGAUAUACAGGCCAUAAAAAUUUCUCGCCCAAUACAGAGAUUAGACCAGCAUACAUGGAGUGCUGUAACUACAAUAUAAUAUCAGUAGACUACAACCCGAUAGCUCGGGAGCCAUGUUACAUCGAAGCAGCAAGGAACACUGAGUUAGUGGGUAUGUGUGUUGCUCAGCUGAUCGACCAGCUAGUACAAAAACAUGGAUUCAACCUCGCACAGUUCCAUCCAAUAGGUUUCAGUCUUGGAGGACAAGUGGCAGGAUUUAUUGGUGAUUAUAUCAAGUCGGGAAGAAUAGAAAGACUGACAGCAUUAGACCCAGCAAUGCCUCUGUUUGUCACAACUGAUCCCAAUAAGAAGAUUGACAAAGCAGACGCGAAGUUUGUGGAUGUCCUUCACACAAAUGCACUGGAGAAAGGGAAGCUCGAAGCCAGUGGGCAUGUCGACUUCUACGCAAACGGAGGCAUCACCCAGCCUGGUUGUAAGUCUACUAAAGACCAAACUAAAUCAGGCUGCGACCAUGCCAGGGCUCCAGUAUAUUAUGCAGAGUCCAUAACAACUGACGUAGGAUUCUAUGCAACCAAGUGCUACUCGUGGAUCAUAUACAUGAUCGGCUGGUGCGAGAUAUUCAACCCUAACGAAGAAGUACUCUUCGGAGAAUAUGUUCCUAGAGAUGUGCAGGGUCUAUACUUCUUCAGUACAAACUCUGAAUCUCCUUACGCGCGCGGCUCUAACAAGAGAGGCAGAAGAAAAAGAAGUUAUGAUUUAAAUUUAGGAGAGUAA